AUGUACUCUGCUCUUUCGUUGCUCACUUUGGCUCCAGCGUUUGCUGCCACAAUUUUACUUCCCAGAGAGGGCGCCGGCCCGACUAUCAACUUUGGAAACAACACGGGAACACCGAAACACCUAGCGUCUGGCAUCCUUUAUGGGCUUCCUGACAACCAGCAGCAGAUACCUUCCGCGCUCCUUGAUGGAUUCGGUUUCAACUAUGGGCGAGCUGCUGGAGCUCAGGUCGGUGGUGGAUGGUGCUAUGGCCAGGCACCCUAUGAGCAACGAUUCGCAAGCGCUCUUAGCAACUACCAACUAACACGCGCGCAUGGAGGCUCGUUCGUCUUGAUGCUCCACGACUUAUGGGGCUUCGACACAACACAGAACUCGUCAUGUGCUGGACCAGGCGACAAUGGCGAUUGGGCGAGCUACGACAAGUUCCUCAAUGCCGUAAUCGCCGAUAUCAACAAGUACAAGAUGCAGAGUAACUUAAUCAUCGACAUUUGGAACGAGUCAGACAACGCUCCAUUUUGGGGACGAAGUAUUGAUCAGUGGCUCGCCAUGUGGGGACGUGGAUACUACAGGCUUCGUGCGGCAUACAAUAGCGGCACAGUCCAGCUCUCUGGACCUACAACCGCGGGACAACCGAACUUCAACAACGAUUGGUUCACAAGCUGGGCUUCGUACGUUAAGAAGAACAACUCCAUUCCAGACCAAUAUGUGUGGCAUGAGGAAUCCGGAGACAGCUCGUCCAUGUCGUCCUCAUACGACGGCCUGGUCGCAAUUCUCAAGCAGAACAAGCUGCCCCUGAAGACCGUCAACAUCAACGAGUACGCAGUCUUCGACGAGCAAGUUCCCGCUGGCUCAGCCUUCUGGAUCUCACAGCUUGAGCGAUACAAUGCCAUCGGGAUACGUGGCAAUUGGCUUGGCGGAACUCAACUCCACGAUCUGGCGGCAUCCCUGCUCUCGAAGCCUAAUCCCAACGAGUACGCAAGCACGGGUUACUUCCCGAACGGCGACUAUCAAGUAUAUCGAUACUAUAGCCAGAACAUGACCGGUAAUCGCGUCGGCACCAGCGUCUCCGUAGACGGCAAGUUCGACGCCUACGCAACAGUUGGCGGAAGAUUCGCCAAAGUUCUCAUGGGCGUCAGACCACCAACCACUGGCACCUACACCGUCACAUUGAACAAUCUUACAGCUCUUGGGCUGGCAGCGAGUGGCAACCUGAAUGUCCAAACUUGGAAAUUUCCAGUGGGCAACGACGUUCAUUACAGCGAGGUCGACGGACCAACCGACUUGGGAAAUAUCGGACAUUCAUACUCGGGCAAUACUCUGUCGCUGCCGUACUUCCAGACAGACCGGACUACGACGUAUGCGUGGGAGUUUGCAGUUGGAAAGUGA